AACGUAUGUGAAAGUCAAAAUAUUACGAUACAGCUCAAAAACCUGGGAAGGAUUGUCUGAAGUUCAGGACUGGAUAAGAGAUAUUUUUAAAGAAAAUGAAGUUUCCCUGUAGUCACAAGACAGUGAUAGUUCUCGACCAUGGGCCACAGUUUGCACAGCCGUGUCAUUCUGUUGAAUUUGAUGUACAGCGGGCCAGAGGUCCUGGAUAUAUUCCCCUGGCCCCUGUUUCUAAAACUGUCUGGACCUGUGUAGUUGAGGCAACGUUGGAAUACUGCAGAAUAGUCUGGGACAUAUUUCCACAGGACAAGAAUAUUAGAUUUGUGGUUGCUAGACAUAACCCUGAAAUCUUGAAUGGUUGGCAGGAUGAACACCAGAAUUGUAACAGUAUUAUGACAGCUCUAGCUGGAGUUGGUAGACCGUCAGAUAGAAAAUAUACAGGUAAUGUGGCCCGAUAUAUUGUGGAUGGUAUUGAGCUUGCUCUGGAGUCUCUCUGUGAGCCAACACCGAGACAGACUGAGCUCCUGGAGAAUAAUAGCCAGGUUAUCAACCGUGGAAGAUUGAUUGUCAUCACAACAGUGGUUGAUGAUGUCUACCGUAGAAACCUACUGAGUGCUGCCCAGGAGAAGAUAAUGAAAAUCAACCAGGAAAACUCAGGUUGUGAUGGCGAAGGUUUGGCUUUAAACCAUGUUGAGCUUGUUCUUGUCCAUACAACACCGACUGGUAUAGAGUACAGGCUUCGAACUGAGCAGGAUAAUGUGGAAAACAUAUCUCCUUUUCUCUCCACACUUUUCUACAGUGUUUUGGCAGGUCCGGGAUUAUCAAUGAAGCUACUCUACCUAUGCUUGAAGCACUAUGAUUUGGCCUCUACAACUGUCACUGGUAUUCCUAUGAAGGAAGAGCAGAAUGCCUCUAGUUCUGCUAACUAUGAUGUUGAACUUUUCCACGAAGCAGCUUCUCAUAGAAGAUUACUGGGAGACUUUGCUGACAUGAUCAUGGCAGCCAGUGAGGGAAGUGAAUAUCAGACCUGUAAGCUCAAGUGGUGUACACCUAGAGGAAGCUCAGCUAAUGAACUUCAACACUGCUCGGGUACUUUCAGAAUAACUCCAACGGAAGUGAACAGUAGACAGUCUUCUUGUCUUACAAAUUUCCUUCUCUCUGGUAGAAGUGUUAUGCUCGAGAUGCAGAGGAGGAGUACUGGCGUUAAAACAAUAUCUCAUAUGUUGACUUCUCAUGGGGGAGAGAUAUUUAUUCACACACUUAGUUCUAACAGGUCCGAGCUUGAAGAGCCUCCGUCUAUAAGUGAAGGGCCUGGAGGACGGGUUACUGAUUAUAGAAUUAAUGAUUUGGCUGAUUUGAUAAAAUGUAAUCAGCUCGCUCCCUGCUCCGGUAACCCCGAAGAUAACAGUCCUUUACUGCGAUCACACAAACGUCUAUCUAGAUUUACUAAGGUUCUACCUCUCACCAUCUCUUCCUCCACUCUAUUCAGCAUGUUAGUGUUUAAACCUUUGUACGCGGCUCUUCUAAAGGAAAAUAUGUUGGAAGACGACUUAGCGGAGUGUAGGGACGUUAUCUUUGCAAUAAUCUCCAUGGAGAACAGGGGAGAAGGACUUCCAGGACCCUUUGGGCAGAUUGUUCUUCCAGGAAAGAAAGGAGGGAAAAAAGAGGAGCAGUAUAGAGUAAUGUGGACAGAGCUUGAAAGAUUUGUUUUAGCACACAGUGACCAGUCUCCAAGACACCAAGCAGUAUUAGAGUGCUUGAUGGAGGUCAGGCAGAAGCCUCUGGUUAAGAAGGAAGACAAGGUUGGACUUGACGUUGCACUUAGAGAGCUAGAUAAAUUUCCAUCUCUCUCGGACUCAUUCGAUAAAACUGAAGGUUUGAAAAGAUCAAACAGUCCUCAUUCUCCUUCUCCUGGAUCUAAGAAGGUGAAACUACUCAACCCUAGUGGUCUCUCUCUCCUACAGAUCUGGAGAACUAGGAAGGAAAAGGAAGCAUCACUAAUGCAUAGAGAGUUCUUGGGACGGAAAAACUUUGGUGAUAUUGCAAAACUUUAUCUCAAGAUGGAAUCCGACACAGAUCCCGGGGCGCAGAAAAAAUGAAGAAAACAAUUUGGUUCAAUUCUAACUUCAGUUUUCAAAAAUUGUCAAGUUCUGUACAACUAAUAUUGUGAUAAUGUUUGACUGUAAUACCUUCUAUUUUUG